CACACCCGUCAGCAGCGCGCAGUGGAGACAAAAAAGCGCAUCACGGACAAAGGAAAUAUGGGUCCGCUGGAGAGGAUUCACCUCAGACGGGUAACGCAAUGGAUGAGCCGCUCCUGUCUCACCUACUGGGAAACCAAUUAGCCCACUUUAAUGAGGUGGUGGGAUGCAAGAUACUGCAAGCAAAAAAGGCGGAAAGCUGCGUUUAAUCCGUCUGCGGAUCCUAUGAGCUUGCAAUGGCUGUGGCGGGGAUAUGCAACUGGACAGGGAAUAAUGUGCCUUUUUAUUUUGUGAUAUUUUUCUUAUUUUGUGGCCUUUCAUUUGGACAGUUGCGAUACACCAUUCCGGAAGAAUUAGAAAAUGGAGCACUGGUUGGAGAUCUGGCGCAGGACCUGGGACUGGAUAUUCGAAAGCUCGCCACCCGAAAAAUUAAGGUAACCUCCAACAGCGGUAAACGCUAUGUGAUUGUCAACCCCAAAAAUGGGAAAUUAUUUGUCAAUGAAAGGAUCGACAGGGAGAACCUGUGUGAUUUGACCAGCACCUGCCUUAUUAAUCUGGAGGUGCUGGUCGAAAACCCCACUGAGUUGCACCAUGUCGAGGUGGAGAUCCAGGAUGCCAAUGAUAAUGCGCCGCAGUUCCCCAGAGACGAGUAUCAACUGGAAAUCACAGAAUCGGCUUUACCAGGGUCUCGUUACCCAAUUGAAAACGCUCAGGAUCCAGACUUGGGGUCCAAUUCAGUACGCAUGUAUCAGCUUAGCACAAACGAGCACUUCGCCCUGGUUUCUAAUAAACCCUCCCUCAAUUCAAAGCACAUCGAGCUUGUGCUCAAAAAGCCCCUUGAUCGCGAACAGACGCCUUACCACCAAUUAAUUUUAAGUGCUGUGGAUGGUGGCACACCAGAGAAAACGGGCACAGCUACAAUCAACGUGCGUGUCCUGGACUCAAAUGACAAUGUCCCCUUGUUUGACAGCUCAGUGUACAAAGUGAAACUGCUGGAAAAUUCCUCCAAAGACACCCUGGUAAUUAAGUUGAAUGCAACUGACUUGGAUGAGGGCACAAAUGGGGAGGUUUAUUACUCUUUCAGCAGCUACACUCCAGAGAGAGUGAGGCAGAUGUUCAGCAUGGACACUAACACAGGAGAAAUAAGAGUGAGAAGCAAUGUUGACUAUGAAGAGACUAAUUCCUAUGAAAUGUACAUCCAGGCUAUGGACAAGGGCCCUGGAGCUGUGGCAGCACACUGUAAGGUGGUGGUGGAGGUGGUGGAUGUUAAUGACAAUGUCCCUGAAAUAGUGUUGUCCUCCCUAUCAAGCCCUGUGAGGGAGGAUGCCCGUGCUGACACGGUCGUGGCCCUCAUUAGUGUGACUGAUCGGGACUCCGGCCCUAACAAGCAGGUGAGCUUGGAGAUCCCUGCAGGCCUUCCUUUUAAGAUCAAGUCAUUCAGAAAUUACUACACUCUGGUUACCUCAGCCUUCCUGGACCGUGAGACCACCGCUGCCUACAAUGUCACGCUCAGUGCCACUGACGGAGGAGACCCACCUCUUUCUUCUCAGAAAACCAUACAAGUGGAUGUGGCUGAUGUCAACGACAACCCACCGCGUUUUGAACAGACUUCAUACACUGUCUACGUGGCUGAGAACAAUGCCCCGGGGGCCUCUUUGUGUACUGUGAAAGCGCAAGACGCAGACAUCAAAGAGAACGCACGCAUCACCUACACAGUGCUCAAUGACAACAACCAUGGCAUCCCUGUCACCUCUUAUGUGUCUGUGAAGGCCGAUACAGGGGAGGCUUAUGCCCUGCGAGCCUUUGACUAUGAGUCACUGAGAGAGUUUCACUUCCAGGUCAAAGCCCAAGAUGGGGGCAUUCCUCCGCUCAGCCGCGUCGCCACCGUCUACAUCUACAUAAUGGAUCAGAAUGACCAUGUGCCACAGAUAGUCAACCCUCCAGGCAACGGCACGCGCUCCAUAGAGACGGUACUAAAGAACGCAGAGCCUGGUGCCUUGGUGACCAAAGUGGUGGCAUAUGAUGCAGAUGCUGGUCCGAACGCCUGGCUGAUCUAUAUGCUGGAGACGGCCACCGACCUGGACCUGUUCAAGGUGCAUGAGCACACAGGGGAGAUCAGAACCACACGGAGGGUCCUGGAAGACAACUCCACCUCUUUCACUCUGACUGUCCUGGUGAAAGACCAUGGCCAACCUGCCCUCUCCUCCACCGCCACCGUCAAUGUGGCAGUCAUGGAGGUGCCGCCCAAGCUCACUCCUGAUCCCAAGAGGAUCAUCCGACCUCACAGCACAUUGCUUUUCUCCAACGUUACUCUCUACCUGAUUGUGGCUUUGAGCGCCACCACCUUUGUUUUCUUGGUCACUGUGGUGGUUCUGGCCAUCGUACGCUGUCAUGCCUACUGCACGCAGCCUGGAUCCUGCUCCCCCUGCUGUGUGUCGCAGAAGGCCCCACCAGAUGGUGGGAACAGCAGCGUAAGUGGAGGUGGAGGAGGCAGUGGUGGCGCUGGGUCUCAACCCAAUAACAAUGUAGUGCUACGGAGAGACCUCAAAGUGGAGCCUCAUUACAUUGAAGUGCGUGGAAAUGGCUCAUUAACAAAGACUUAUUGCUACAAGACCUGUUUGACAGCUACGUCUGGCAGCGACACUUUCAUGUUCUACAACACAGGACGUCCCAUCAGUGGCACCUGGGGCAGUGGCGCUGAGCGCUUCUUCACGAGUGGAAGUGGAUUUGUACGCAGACUGAGUAUGCCUGAUGCCUCAUUGCAAAUCUGCCCAGAGCCAAAAGCCCCGAAUGCUGACUGGCGAUAUUCUGCAUCUUUGAGGGCAGGGAUGCAGAGUUCGGUCCACAUGGAGGAGUCCUCUGUGAUGCAGGGAGCCCAGGGGAUGCUGGUGCAGAACUGGCCCACUGUGUCCAGCGCUGCAGAUGGAGAGGGCGGUGGAGAGCUGUCACCCCCGGUUGGAGCUGGGAUCAACAGCAACAGCUGGCACUUCCGUUAUGGGGCAGGGCAAGGCUACGGGCCUCCUCAGCCCCUGAAACCCGGAGAGAUCCCUCCUGAAGCCUUCAUCAUCCCUGGAUCCCCUGCCAUCAUUUCCAUCCGCCACGAGCCAGGCCCCGUGGAUGACAAAGGUGACUUCAUAAGCUUCGGCAAGAAGGAGGAGGCCAAGAAGAAGAAAAAGAAGAAGAAGGAAAAGAAAGACAAGAAGGAGAAAGGAAAGGAGGAUGGGGGGGAGGAGUAGAAGGAGAAGGGUUGACAUGAAAACAGAGCUACCAACAAUCUACCAUCCAAAUUACAGAGCCAGAACAAAAAAAAAAAAAAGCCAAAUGCAUAUUUUAGAAGCGAGGGAGCCUCCCUGUGGCGAAUUUGUAUAGACUAUUGUACUGUGGCCAACCCCUCAUUAGAUGGUGUUUGGCUUUGCCACACCAAAUGAACAUGCUAAACAAAGAUUUUUUUUUUUUUUCUUUCUUGGCCCAUUUUGGCCUUUGACCUUUAGUCAUAAGGCUUUGGGUGGAAAAAUUGUUCUUAGUAGCCAGAUAUCGUCUGGCAGAAAAGGCUGGACCAAAUCAAACUAAUAGAAAGGAUUAUAUUGGAAUAGAUUAGCCUUUCUGUUAUGAUCAUUUUGUUGUCCCACACUUUCUUGACUAAAACACACCUGAAAAGAUGCACUAUCUGUAUCUGACCGCUGUCAGCUAAAGCUGCCCAUGUUGGCAUCUCUGUCUUUACGCAGCCCCCUCCCUUUUUUGCUUGCCUAGUUGGAGGUGAAGAGGAAGUCGAUCUAAAAAGUAAAACAGAGGCUUUCAUCUUCAGUAAAAUGGAGGCCUUGUAUAAAAUAAGAACAAGUCUUUUGUACAAAAUAUAAAAAUGAAAAAGUAACAGUGCGCCUGACAUGUAUGUACCGAGAGAUUACUGUCUUUAAGACAUCAUGGUGGCUAAGAUAAGACAAGCAAGACUAUAUAUAAUGAGCUCUGUUUCAGUGUAACAUAGCACAGUGCAGAGGCUGAGGAUCUGGACUGGGUUGCACCAACUACGUGCAAGUUUGUUCCCAAGUUAGAGCGUAAAGUCUAAACUAGUAGCUCGACAACUACUAGUUGGGUUGGAAUUACUAAAUUCAGUUGUACCAGGGGCGUACCCAAGCUAGUUAUGACAUGAAGACAUUACUACGAGUAGCCAAUCAACGAUUGCAUUACCUCACUGAUGGGUACAAGCCCCAUGGUGUUGUAGUUGACUAGACUGGCAUUAAAAAUUCCAGAUUGGGAAAUAAAAUCCAUAUUUGACUCUUGAGUUGCUAAAUGGCAUGGAAAUACUGAAAAAAAAAAAAAAAAAACAUGAUGCUGUGUGCAAAAAACCCUCAUGCUUUACUGUUAGUGAGUGCAAUUCUGUGACUUUGUAUCAUUUGCACCUGCUUUAGUGCUUGCUUAAUUAUUUAGUUGUUACUUAGGGUUACGUUGUAACAAAUUUUUGUGGUGCGACCGCUUGUAUUUUAGCAAUGCGUAAAUUGGGACUUAGUGGCUACUUAGGAUAUAACUAGGGAACUUACAUGCAGCUGAUGCAACCGGCCCCUGACCUUGCCUUCUCUCUUGGAAUAUGGCACAGGUCAAUGGGGCCUUAAGACCCACUGUGUUUCAGCACAGACAAGUCUUGACACUACACACUUUCAUACACACUUUAUCUCUCUCUUACACACACACACACACUCUCAAUCUCUCGCUCUCUUAUACACAAACACACAAAAACACACAUCACAGACACACAUACAAGGACACACACACCAUAAAAAAUAUAACAGAAAAAUCCGACCCCCUUUCUGGACACUCCAGCUGCAAGACUGAGAGCCGUUGCCAUCUGUUCUAUGGGAGUGUAUUAUAUGGCUGGGACGCAGGAACAUUGCUUGUUGCUUCAUUUCUGUUUCAAGCCUGAUCCCUCUGCUUCUGUCUUUGAAUGUUAAGUAGUUGUUCUUAAAGCCCUGCCCCACUGCCUCAACUGCUUCAGUGCUUGUAGGAUUUGCUCGCCCGCUGCCUGUUCUCUCCCUCUACUCCUGCUUCCUUCUAAUCGACACGGUUGGAAGACAUCUUUAAGUCACUCUCCUCCGACGACUUGUUCAGUUGUAACACCAUGAAAUCAUAUGUGUCAUUGCAUAUUCACAAAUACACACACCGAGACACGCGCGCACCAACACACAUACAGGCACACAUGUACACUUCAACUGAGCUUCGGCGUUAAAAUCAGAGUGUCUCUUCAGAUUGCUCAUUGUUGGCAGGUCUGUCAUUUCUCCCAUCAGAUUUAGGAAUUGCACUGCAGGGAACUCUGACAGGUUAGCAAUAAAGUGGACUGAAGUUUACUAGACGAAGAGAGAGAAGAUGGGCAGGCAGGGGAAGGAACAGAGUAAUAAAACAGCAGCGAUUGGAGCAUUAAGUAGCAGAACUGAUUGGGCCAGCCAUACCUCUUAUAACCCAGUGCGGACACUGCUUACUCCUGUGUCAGCUGCUGGUGUAAAUUGAUUAACCUGGGGUCGGCUAACUCUGCUCAAUGACCUGGAUCACAAACAGGGUUGCAACACCAGUCCAACUCGAUGGAAAAGGGGUUGAUGGUUGACUUGUGUGGAGGGAAAACAACUUUAUGCACCAGCGAGGUAGCUACGCAAAAGACCUUGGGGACUAUUAGGGCUGGAAUUUUUUUAGUAAAAAAAAAAAUAGCUAGGACAAAAUUAGCUAGAUAAAAUGUGGUCAACUUUUGGCAACAAAAAAAUGCAAAAAAAGAAAAAAAAAUACUGAAUUUCUGAAUCAUCUAACAUCAGUUGUGUCGAGGCAUUUAAAAUCAUUUGAAACGAAAGUGUAACUUCAAGAAAAUGAGAAGCAAUAGUUAAAGUCAAAGCUUUAGGGAAUUUACAUGUAAAUGAAAGUUGGCAAGGUGUUCAAAUUUCCGCUUCAUUGCUGUAUGCAGACAUUGGAAUAUGAGCCUGUUGGGAUGCAGUGUGCACAGAGUAAACUUUUAUAAGUGCGACCUGUUGUGAAAGCUCAAUGUUAUUUGGCUCUUGUGUGUGCAAACGCAGGUCCGGCGUGGUGGAGAAAGAGUGUUACAGGCAGGAGAUAUCAUUGGAAAAGCAUAAAGUUGAUGGGACAGCUUCAUAAAAUCUCACCUCAGUGUUUCUUUUCUAGACUCGUAUCGUAUUACCAGUCACAGUAGGGGUAGAGAGGUGGUUUUAGUGCUGCUAUUGGUCUCAGUCCCUCCCAUACGCACAUGCUCCCCGCCCCCUCCAGGUGUACUUCUGUGCUGUCAGAUCACCAAGUGGCUGUUUGCAUGUUAUAAGCAAAGGAAACAGAUACUAUAUAGAUAAUAUAUAUACAUAGAUAUGUUUUUCCACCGAGAAAUGAGUAUUGGAAUACAUAUACCUCUGAUACACUUUCUCAAAGACAACACACACAGAUACACACACACACACACACACAAACACACACACACACACACACACACACACACACACACACACACACACACACGCAAACACUCACCUGCACACAAAUACAUACAUGUACUCCAUUUUCAAACAAUAAUUAGUGGAAAAACCUAAUGAAAUCACAUUUUCUAUCCUGUUGAAAAUGAAUUUAACCUUCUAGAUAUACAUAAUGCUGUUGUGUUAUGCUAUGAAAUGCCUUUUUUUUAUUUAUACCCUUAUGAUUUUCAUAGAUGAUAAAAAUCAAUCCUUUAACUUGUGUUAAGCUUCAAAAUGAUGAUCAAACAAACACUGUAUUGUGAAUUCAAAUCAUUUACUCACCCUUCAUAUCUAUUCCUUGCCCAGUAGAAAAAAAAUCAAAAGAAGAAAAAAAAUCAAAAGAGAGAAAAUGGUUGAAAAAAAAAAGAGAAAAAGUUGAUGUAUUCUGCUUGUGUAUAGUGAAUGUUCCUCAGUCAUUGGGUGCCUGAGUGGCACUUAACCAGUCGACUGUGACAGUGCAGAUCUGUUAAUAACUUUCUUUUUCUUUUUCUUUUUGUACACCUGCUUAUCAUUGUAAAGGUGAAAAUAGUGAUUCUUAUGAUUUAAUCAAUCUGGUAAUGUGUUUUGUUAAUAAGUCACAAAUAAAAAAUUUUCUUAAAUAUCUUAA